AUGUUUGUGUGUGAGUUGGGAACCAACGCCCAACGCCCAACGCCCAACGCCCAACGCCCAACGCCCAACGCCCGGCUGCGGGAGGAGAGGAGGGAGGCCACGCGACGGUUCUGGGAGAGCCAGCGAGCACGCUUCCCCGACGCUGCCAACCAGCUGUGCCUGAAUCUGCAGCGGUCGACAGCGCAGGCUUCGCAAAGGAGCACCGCGAUCCCAUUUCCCGAGGCGAGACUGGCCGCGGCCCAGGCGCGGACAGGGUACAUGACCAUCGUGUACGCUGCCGCCGCGUGGGCCCUGACCCUGGGCACCUUCAUGGAUGCCGAUCAGGUCUACUUCGGGAUGGUGUUGUCGGGGCGGGACCUGCCCGUCCCGGGCGCCCUCGACGUGGUCGGGCCGCUCAUCAACAUGCUUCCCUUGUCUGUGCAGCUGCCGCUAUUAGAGGGCGACCGCGAGACUAGUCCUAGUAGUGUCGGGGCCUUCGUCGGGCGAAUACGAGACGACAUUCUCGGGUUGAACGAGGUGUCUCACUCGGAGACAACCGACGGAUUCGACAGGCAGUUCGCUUCCAUCAUGGGCACGCAGUUCGAGGUAGCCAAAGGAGCAGGACAAGUCGAGUCUCCGCCGGCGGACUCCAACUGUCCCGACAUGCAGUCCGGCGUUCCCCUGAGCCUGAUUGUCCAAGGACACAGCGGGCUGCAAAUCCUCUAUUCCACCGCUCGCUACUCCGAAGAGGAUAUGAACAAUCUCCGGUCCGUCUUUGAGAAUGCCAUGGACUGCUUGCUGCAAGGCGACGACGACGAGAGGCCACUGGCGCCCGAAUCGAAAGGAGAUGACCUCAUGACCCUAUUCGAAGGCGUGGUAGGGAGACAGCCCACGGCGGUCGCCGUCACGCGCAGCCAGGGACGCGACAUGACCUAUGACGACUUCGACCGGGCGGCGGCCGCCGUCGCGCGGGAACUCAGCUGGAUCGGAGCCAACGAGCCCGUGUGCGUGUACGCGGACUGGUCGGUCAACUGGCUGGACCGAGAGGAUGAUUACCUGGCGGCGCUCGGCGGACAUUCGAUCGUGCAGUUACAGCUCGCGGGCCGCAUCUCUUCACCCAUCCAACGAAAGAUCAGCUUAAGAACGACCAUCAACAAUCCCGUCAUCUCGCGCCUGGCGGCCGCGGUGGAUGAGAUAACGAAGUGAGAGCCAGGAGAGGCGGCUGGGCACCCUCCCUCCUCAAACGUCAAGGCCGCCGGGGACAAUGAUAAGCCACCACUUAUCGCCUCCUUAUUCUCCCUCCCCACC